GGAUAGCCGGCGACGGCGACGGCGGCAUCCGCACAGCAGCCCCGCGGCCUGCGUCGGCCCCGCAGCGGCGACGGGGAGGAGGGCGGCGUUUUCUGCGCAGCGCCGUAGCCGUCGCUCCGCCACCGGCGAGCGUCAGGCAGGGAGGAGGCCCCGACCCAGCCCUUCCCGUGGCCCCCGCGCCCGAGGAUGGCAGAGCUGCCCGCACGAGUGGCUGCCGGCGGUGUCCCUCCUCUUUUUCUUUCCGGCAGCGGCGGCAGCGGCGGAUCACUGCUGUGUGGGAGGAGGGCGGCGGGGAUGGACUUGAUCUCUCAGGUCUCCUGUUAAGGCGGCAGCAGAGCGCGCCCCAUCGUCCAGACAGCACUCGCCAGGGCCGAGCCGCGCUGUGCCGGGCUGCUUUAUUUUCCAGGGGGAUCUGCUGUUCCUCACCCUUUCGCCCCCCUUCCCUCCUGCUCGCACACAGGCACAGGGACACGCACGCACCCUCCUCCUUUGCCCUUUCAUCCUUCCCCCCACGCCCCGCCGCCCUCCCGCGCCGUCUCCUGCCGCGGCAGAUGCACUGGGGGUCACCGCGCAGCUGGGACUAUGGUGAAAUUUCCAGCGCUCACUAACUACUGGCCCCUGAUCCGGUUCCUGGUCCCUCUCGGCAUCACCAACAUCGCCAUCGACUUCGGCGAGCAGGCCUUGAACAGGGGCAUCGCUGCUGUCAAGGAGGAUGCUGUGGAAAUGCUGGCUAGCUACGGGCUGGCAUACUCCCUGAUGAAGUUCUUCACAGGUCCCAUGAGUGACUUCAAAAACGUGGGUCUGGUGUUUGUGAACAGCAAGCGAGACAGGACCAAAGCAGUUUUGUGCAUGGUGGUAGCUGGUGCUGUAGCUGCUGUAUUUCAUACCUUAAUAGCAUACAGCGAUUUGGGGUACUACAUUAUCAAUAAGCUGCACCACGUGGAUGAGUCGGUGGGAAGCAAAACUCGGAGGGCCUUCCUUUAUCUCGCUGCCUUCCCUUUUAUGGAUGCCAUGGCAUGGACCCAUGCUGGGAUUUUGCUAAAACACAAGUACAGUUUCCUUGUGGGAUGUGCCUCCAUCUCAGAUGUCAUAGCUCAGGUUGUUUUUGUAGCCAUUUUGCUUCACAGUCACUUGGAGUGCAGGGAGCCGCUCUUGAUCCCCAUCCUGUCCUUAUACAUGGGAGCGCUUGUCCGGUGUACCACACUGUGCCUCGGGUACUACAGGAACAUCCAUGAUGCCAUUCCUGAUAGGAGUGGGCCUGAAAUGGGGGGAGAGGCUACGAUAAGGAAGAUGCUGAGUUUCUGGUGGCCUUUGGCGCUGAUUUUGGCAACUCAGAGAAUAAGCAGGCCCAUUGUCAACCUUUUUGUCUCCAGGGACCUAGGUGGCAGUUCUGCAGCCACAGAGGCAGUGGCCAUUCUGACAGCUACUUACCCUGUGGGACACAUGCCCUAUGGCUGGCUGACAGAAAUCAGAGCAGUCUACCCUGCUUUUGACAAGAAUAACCCCAGCAAUAAACUGGUGAACACCAACAGCACUGUCACAGCAACGCAUAUCAAGAAGUUCACUUUUGUUUGCAUGGCUUUGUCUUUAACGCUCUGCUUCGUGAUGUUUUGGACGCCCAAUGUGUCAGAGAAGAUUUUAGUUGACAUAAUUGGAGUAGACUUUGCUUUUGCAGAGCUGUGUGUUGUCCCAUUGCGCAUCUUCUCCUUCUUUCCACUUCCAGUGACUGUCAGAGCGCACCUGACUGGUUGGCUGAUGACUCUGAAGAAGACAUUUGUGUUGGCACCCAGCUCGGUGCUGCGGAUUAUUGUCCUCAUCACUAGCCUCAUCGUGCUGCCUUACUUGGGAGUUCAUGGAGCCACUCUCGGCGUGGGAUCCCUGCUGGCUGGUUUUGUGGGAGAGUCCACCAUGGUUGCGAUAGCAGCCUGCUACGUCUAUCGGAAACAGAAAAAGAAGCGCAGCGAGGGCGACAGAGCAGCGGAAGGCGAAGACUCGGCCAUGACGGACAUGCCUCACACGGAGGAGCUGACAGACAUCGUGGAGAUGCGGGAAGAGAACGAGCAGUGAAGGAGGUGGUGCAGCCGUGGCCCGCAGGGACGGCUGGAGCGGCUCUGCGGCGUCGCUCGUCUCUCGCGCCCUUCUUGGUUGUUGGGUUUUAUUUUUGUAAUAAAGAGGCCUUGAUUUCAAAGGUUUCAGGUAAAUUCUCUAGCAUACUGAGUAUGCUCUCACUGCUGAGGGACCUAGAAAGAGGUCUUUGCUUUGCUGCUUUUUUUUGUUCCCCUUUCUUUCCAAUGGAAUCUGUUUUCUCACUCCUCGCAAACAUAAAGGAUACAAUUGCAUCACUGUAGAGUCUUCCUUCCUUACGCAUAUCCACCUCCUCUGGACAAUCUGUGUCUGCCAGCCGUGGGCUGCCGCUGGCUCAGUGCUGCUGCCAUAGUUCUACCCCUCCCCUCUGUCCUUUUCCUUCCUUUUCUUUAGGAGAAAUGUAAAGGAAAAGACGUUUGGAAUACAGAGCUUUAUUUUACUUGCUUGAGAAACGACUUUGCUGCAUAAACUAAUAGAACUUUUCGUUCGGCCUCGUCACAAGAGCUUAUACUGCACAGGGUACAAGACGAGGAGGAGCAUGUAAGCCUUCACAUACAGCGUGGAGAGAAAGCAGGCUCCCCUCUACUGUUAAUCGUGUGUGGAUGUGUAUAUAUACACACACAGGUACAUAAACAGAGACUUAUAUAUUUAUAUAUACAUAUAUGCAUACAAUAAAUAAACCACGCCCAGGACAAGAACUCUGGCUUUCAUUCCAACAGAAAGAAGUAAUCUUUUUAAGGAAGCAACCCCAUUAAUUCAGACUUUGCUUGAAUCAUCCAGCCCCACCUUACACAUCGUUUUCGUUGGGGGGAAAAAAGAACAACCCAUGCACUUUCCUCUUGUGAAGAGGGUGAUUGAGAGGCUUUGACUGGAUUUGAAUUAAAAGAUGUGUGUCUCAACAA